GCAGAACAAAGGUCACAUGUAUUAAAGGCCGAUCAUUCCACAUGCCAGGAUAGAGGAGCUCCAGAAAUUCCAUCUACACACCAGAGAGUCCAGCAUGGCAUCAGUGGGGAGAUUAAUGCGCGCCAUUCGGGUCCAUGAAUUCGGGAAGCCAGAAGUACUAAAACUCCUAAAAGAUGUCGCUGUACCAUCACCAGGCGAGGACCAGAUUCUAAUCCGAGUUCAUGCGUGUGGGAUAAAUCCAGUGGAGACCUAUAUCAGGGCCGGUGCUUACGCUCGGAAGCCAAAUCUCCCGUACACCCCAGGCUCAGACGUUUCUGGGAUAGUGGAAGAAGUAGGAACAAGCGUAAAAUUGUUCAAGAAAGGCGAUCGUGUGUUUACCAGGUCGACCAUUACUGGCGGUUAUGCGGAGUACACACUGGCCUCUGAAUAUACCGUUUAUCACCUUCCGGAAAACCUCAACUUUAAGCAAGGAGCCGCCAUAUCUGUCCCCUACUUCACUGCCUACAGAGCACUCUUCCAGAAAGCACAUGGAAGAUCCGGAGAGCUGGUCUUAGUACAUGGUGCAAGUGGAGGGGUGGGCAUAGCUGCAUGCCAGAUUGCCAGAGCCUACGGGUUCCGGGUAUUUGGGACAGCCGGCACCCCUGAGGGAUUAAAAUUAGCCCUCCAAAACGGUGCUCACCAAGUCUUCAACCACAGAGACAAGGAUUAUAUAGAGAAGAUCCAGGAAGCAGCUGGAGGAGAAGGAAUUAAUGUCAUCCUGGAGAUGCUCUCUAAUGUAAAUCUGAGUAAUGACCUGAAACUUCUGUCUGUCGGAGGCAGAGUCAUUAUUAUCGGCUGCAGAGGACCUAUUGAAAUAAACCCCAGAGAAACCAUGGCCAAGGAGUCCAGCAUCACCGGAGUGUCACUCUUCAGCUCCACUAAGGAAGACUGGAAGGAGGCUGGUGCGGCUGUCUUUGGAGGAAUGGAGGCCGGUUGGGUGAAGCCCCUGAUCGGGACGGAAUACCCCCUGGAGAAAGCCCCCCAAGCUCAUGAAGACAUCAUAGAGAGCAGCGGAGCCACCGGAAAGAUGGUCUUUGUCAUCUAAGUGGAGUUUUUACCCUCCGACCAAAGAACACAAAUCAUUUUGUAAACUGAUUCACUGGUAUUAAAAUAAGAACAAUGAGCACUUAUGUAUGAAAGUUAAUCUUGUUGGAAUAUUUGAGGAUCAUUGGUUUAAUUGAAAAAGGUAGAAAUAAAUGGAAUUUUUUUUCUUUAAA